GGAGAAGGCGGAGAGAAGCUGAAGAGGGACAGCACGGCACCGCGGGCUCACCGGUGAAGCUAAGGCUACAGCGCUUCUUUUAUACAGGACGGUAACGUCAAGAGCACAGGACACUCCUGGGGAGCCCCUGCGAGGUGAAGAAGAGGAGGUGGAAGAAAGGGGAGGGGGCAGUUACUCUCAAACUACCGUCAGGAUUUAACAGACAGCCGCCGUCACAGCAAGCUUUCACCCAGAAGCUGACCUACGGAGGACCUCAUGCUGAUGAGCUGAGGGAGACGUCAUCCUCCACCUGUCACUCGCCUCUGUUUGUUAUCCAGACCUGGUCCACUCUCCAUCAGUCACCGAGCGCCGACAGCAACCACCUCCACCUUUUCCCCGGCCCCCUCCGGCCCAGCCUGCCGUCACCAUGACGUCGGAGCUGGAGAGCAGCUUGACCUCCAUGGAUUGGCUUCCUCAGCUGACCAUGCAGGCGGCAAUCCGCAAAGCGGACGCCCAGAAUGCCCACGGGCCAGGCAUGGGCAAAAAGAGCGCCCUGCUGGAUCCUAACACCACGUUGGACCAGGAGGAGGUGCAGCAACACAAGGACGGCAAGCCGCCCUACAGCUACGCCAGCCUCAUCACGUUCGCCAUCAACAGCUCGCCAAAGAAGAAGAUGACACUGAGCGAGAUCUACCAGUGGAUCUGUGAUAACUUCCCCUACUACAGGGAGGCGGGUAGCGGCUGGAAGAACUCAAUACGGCACAAUCUGUCAUUGAACAAGUGUUUUCUCAAAGUGCCUCGCUCCAAAGAUGACCCAGGAAAGGGCUCUUACUGGGCCAUCGACACCAACCCAAAGGAGGACGCCUUGCCCACACGGCCAAAGAAGAGGCCGCGGUCUGGAGAGCGGGCUUCUACGCCGUACAGCCUGGAGUCGGAGUCUUUGGGGAUGGAGUGUAUGAUCUCUGGAAGUGCCUCUCCAACACUGGCAAUCAACACUGUGACUAACAAGGUGGCGUUGUACAACACAGACCAGGAAGGGAGCGAUAGUCCAAGAAGCAGCCUUAACAACAGCCUGUCUGAUCAGAGUCUGGCCUCCGUCAAUCUCAACAGUGUGGGCAGCGUGCACAGCUAUACACCGGUGACCACUCACCCAGAGCCCGUGUCCCAGUCCAUGAGCCUCCAGCAGCCCCCCCAGUCCCAGUACAACAUGCCAGACAGGGACAAGCAGCUCCUGUUCUCCGAAUUUGAAGAUCUCAGUGCCUCCUUCCGCAGCCUUUACAAGUCUGUUUUUGAGCAGUCCUUCAGCCAACAAGGUCUGAUGGGCAUCCAGUCAGAUUCCUCCCAGCAGACCCACACCUCCUGCUCCUAUCAGCACUCCCCCGGUGGCAACAUUAGCACUCAGAACAGCCUCUCAAACAACCAACCCAACAACCACCCAAACAGCCACUCCGCCAACAGUGGCCAGGUGCCCCUGUCCCAUCCUGCCCAAGCCCACCCUGGCCACGGCUCGCCCCACGCACAGCACCUCCCGCAGCACGGCGGCCCCCACAACCAACACAGCCAACACGCCCAGCACAGCCAACACAGUCAGCUCCCCCAGCACCCACAGCACGCUGCGCACUCCCAGCACGGGCAGCACCCAUCGCAGCACCCGUCCCACGGCCAGCACCCGCAGCAACACACGCCACACCCCUCCCAACACACGCAGCACAGCCAGCACCCACAGCAACACGGGCAGCAGCAUCCGAGCCUCUCCCACCAGCCCCAUCCUACCCAGCAACAGAUGGCCUGCAACCCAGGUUUACUGUCUGACUGGUACCCAAAUCUGGAUGCACUGAAAGAAAGCUGUCGUAUUGCUAGCAGCUAUAACUGGGCUGAUGUCGACCUUUCACCUUUCCAAGGGUUGAGAGACAGUAUGAGACAAGCGGAGUUGAACAAUUGGUCCCUGGAGCCCACCCAGAUCGCAGACCUCUGCUCGUCCAUCAACCAGUUUUUUGCCCGCACCGGUGUAAUCCAGCCACAGGGGGCGGUGCAGCCUCCUGUUUGUCACGGCUCCAUGCACCCCAACAAACCCAGCCAGCACAUCAACACAGCAAAUCUCUACAUGGACACCAGACAGAGCAUGUCCAUGAUGGGUCCUCCAGGAUAUCCCCACAUGACCCCUAUGAGCGGCACAGGACCCACAAUGACAGGACACCAUGCACAGAUGAACCAGCAGCACAUGAUACCUACCAGAAACUUCCAGAUGCAUCGCAUGCCAGCUGAUGACAUCCAGGACGACUUUGAUUGGGACUCCAUUGUUUAGCCCCUAAAAUCUCCUUUCUGCAAAACAAAAAGGGAGCGAGGAGAGGAGUUGGAGGCCAGAGGAAGCCAGGCUGUGCUGAGAGGCCGCAGGAGGAGGAGGAGGUGGCUGCUGUGGGCGGGAGGCAGAAGAACGUUUGACACGCUUUAGAAAAAGACAGACUUCACAGUCCUGACAUUUCUACAAAAAGCAAAACACACCUAGAAAAAGUUACUUUGAAGACAAUCAUAUUCAGUUGGACAUGUUAAAGUGAUUGCUUAUGUACUUGUCUAGAGACGAGUAGAACACAUUCACGUCUAAACCACACGCUCCUCAGCUCCUCAGCCGGCCCUCUCCCCGUCCCUCGCCAGCAGCCUUCCAAAGUCCGAACCCCUCUCCCCCCCGACCCCCUUGCUCCGUAACUGUUAUGUGAUUUGAGCGACGUGUUCAGCUUGUAAUUCUUCUCGUGUUGACAUUGGCCUCAGCUGCCUCUUGGAUGAGUUUAUCUCUCUUUUAUUUUUUAAAAACAAUUCAGUUUUAUUUCUUUUGUUUUUAAGAAACACGGGCCGUCUCUGUGAGUAAUGUGAUGGUGCUCGUUGGUCACUUUUGGGAGAAAGUGGGCCCCACUGUGGCUGAGUUGAUGGAAAAGUGAGGUUUACAAUAACUUUGAACAGGGUGUUAAAUGUUUAAGCAGGCUUGAUAUUAUACAAACCGAGGGAGAAAGUGAGAGGGAGAUCACAGAAAGUAUGGUGAUCUGUUUUCAAAGCCAACCAACGUGAUCAGGCUCACUGCAGCAGACCAGUGAUGGGAGUACAACAGCUUUUUCUUUUUUAACUUGUUCUCUGUCUCAAGCACUUCAAGACGCGUGAGAAUGAUGAGUGUGAGAAGGUGAAGCAGGGAAGUGAAAUAUCUCUAGUCUUUUUUUAAUUCACUCAACCCAAAGUGACAUGUCGGUUCUCGGUGUGCAUCGUGUAGGGAAAUAAUUGCUUAUCAGAAGCUGUUUUAACAUGAAACAAAUUCCCAUUUUAAUGAUGCAUUUCCCUUUUAAGGUGACUAUUGUAUUGAUCAUUAAACAAGCCAUCAUCAUUCAGAGACAAUGAAAAAGUAGAUUUGGAUGUUUUGGAAGCAUUAUCAGCUGAUCUCAAAUCUAUAUUAGCAUAUAUGUCAGCUAAUAAGUAUCAAGUUGAUAUUCCAACUGUUCGUACCGCCCAGCAUGUAUCAUGGCGACAAUUUCAGAGACACUUUAAUGUUAAGAAACUAACAAUGGCCAAUAUAUCAUCAUCAUAGUCAUUUGGGGAGUUGUAUGAGAAGAUUGUUUGGUAGAUUUAAAGCUACACUUCUCAGGAUGAAACGGCUGAACUGGCUCUGACAGACGCUAACAAAGUCUAUGAGCUCCUCCCACUCACAAACACGUUAAAGCUCCAAAAACUGAAGGGUUUAAGAUUUUACGUGCUGGAAUAUAUUUUAGCUGGUGGUUUUGACUCCCUGGUGAUAUAAUGUGGUCAUUUCUAAACCUUUAAGCUUCUGGUUGAUUGGCUGAUUCUGCGUUAGCGUUAGACAGAGCCAUGCCAGCUGCCCCUCUAGCUGGUUUUGGUGUAAUAUUUUAACUCUACGCAAGAAAGCGUAUAAACAUAAUUUCUAUAAUGACAAACUAUUAGUUUAAACAACGUUGUGUAAAAUUGUAUACAAACCAGGUUUUAAUAGUUUUAACGAGUGACAGAAACAAGGAAAACGUAAUGAGCCUGAAUGAAAGUUUUAGAGUUCUGGUUUCUAACCUCACAGACUUGAAACCUCGCUAGUGGACAAAUGAAAUGUGUUUAUAUAAAGAGUCAUAGAAGGGUGGUAAAGCCUCUCCAACGUGCCAUUACUGGAUUGAUUAAUGAUCAAUAGGAUAUGCAUCAAAUGUUGUUUCCAUUUGAAAAAGGUUUAAAACACAAAAAUGUUUUACCAAACUAUUAUUUAAUUUUCUGAACAAAUUCAAUCCAAAUCCACCUACUGCACAUCAAAGCGACAUUUCGAUGCUACACAUGUUCAUUGUCACUUCUGAUGUACAAAUUAUAAUAAUAAGAUUCUUCCAACUGCCCCGUGUUUGGUUGUAAUGGUUCGAUAGCGUCAGAUUUUGCUAUUAUACAAUCAUAACAGAAUGAGAAAUGUGACUGUGUGUGUGUGUGUGUGUGUGUGUGUGUGUGUGUGGAACAUAUGGUGUGUGUGUGGGUGUUUUGGUUUUAUUGUCAUUUUAGGGCUAUGAUUGAUUGCUGCAAUCAUCUCUAUGCUAUCUACGAGCACAAAAGCAGAUGCACAGUGAUUAAAGAAUAGAUUUCAGACAUGCUUUUUUUUUGUGGGAAGGGUUUCCAAAGCACAGAACAGGGAGAUCCGCGGUUCUGGGAACCUGUCCUCUGCGUCCUGAAACAAGUGGCUCCUCAAUCAGACAGGGGCUGAACUUUAGAGACACUAUGUUAAAAACAGAGCCCUUUGCACACUUCCACUUUCUGUUGAUCUUUACCGUUUUUAAGAUGCAAAGCACCUCCUGGAUCUCAAUGCUCUCCGACCCUAGAUGCACAGUUGACAAUACACAGGAUUCCUCCUCUAUUCUAUACCGUUAAACUAUGUACAGUAUGGUGCUUUGCAUCUACAUUACUGUGUCCUUUAUUUAAAAGAUUGGUUUCACAUUCUGGGAUGUUUUUUUGAAGCUACAGCCAGCAGCCGGUCAGCAUUAGGAUUGGAAACAUUGGGAAAUGAGCUAGCAUGACUGUAUAGGAAGCAAAAUAUGCCUUCAACCUCACCAAAACUAUUUACUUAACACGUUAUAUGUCAGGUGUUUAUCUGUUUAAAAAAGACACAACUAAAAACUUCUACUGUAGGUUAUGUGUCAGACUAUUUUAUGUCCACUUUCAGUAACUUCCUGGAGUUGUGAAAUGUUAAUUGCUGAGCUUUCGAGGUGCUGAUGAGUAGAUUCCUGUCUGACAGAGCCAGGCUGGCUGUUUCCCACUGUUUCCAGUUUUUAAGCUAAGCUAACAGUUUGUUUGUAGCUUCACCAUACAGAUGCUUUUCCCAUAUUUACCAAAAUGUCUAACUAUUUCUUUAAAGAUAAUUUCCCAGCUAGGGACUCCAGUAAACAACGUUUAAGUUUGUAUUUCAUAUUUUGAAUGACAAUCAUGGAUUCUUUUUUUAUGAUAUUACACAAUGUCUUUGUUAUUGUGAGAAAAAGGCAUGUUCAAAUCUCACACGGUUGUUUUAUUGGAUAUUAUAGAACCAGAUGUUUUUACAUUUGAACACAGACGGUUAUUUGAAACUAGAACCAGCCCAGUUUUAUAUUGUCCUUCUUCUGUUAAACUGUGCACAGCUGCACUGUGCGGAUGAAGUCAAGUUCUCUUCUUUCAACUGAUGAUACUGCCAUUCAUUUUAAUAUUUUCCUGCCAAUCAUACAGUAACUGUCCUCUCCUGCUUCUCUCUGCUCUGUUUUGUCUGUCUUUGUAUAUCAAAUGUCCGCCUGUGGAUCUCAACUAACAGUUUUGUUCAACUGCCAGAAUUUCUUAAUUAGUGCUCAGACAAAAUACUUCAGUCCGUUAAAUGUCCCAAAUCAUGGCUCCUUCUGUCGAGUUGGGGCCAAAGGACUGCCACUUAAGACAGCAGCGAAAAAACAUCAAUGUGUUUUCAUUAGGACUCUAUGGACGGACACUAGAGAGCAUCCUGUGAGUCUUUGGUUGGUGUGAAGUGUGUGUCAGUUCUUCCAGGUGAAGAUCGUGAAAAUGCACACAGGCUACUGUUUGAGCACAGCAGCACAUUGGGAAAACAAAAUAGGAUAGUGUACAGAUGAGGCUAAAAGGGAAAAAGGUGAAGACAAUGACUGGAUCACAAUCACAAUUUUACAUUAUGUGUGUGUGUGUGUGUGUGUGUGUGUGUGUGUGUGUGUGUGUGUGUGUGUGUGUGUGUGUGUGUGUGUGUGUGUGUGUGUGUGUGUGUGUGUGUGUGUGUGUGUGUGUGUGUGUGUGUGUGUGUGUGUGUGUGUGUGUGUGUGUGUGAGAUUUAGUUGUUUUUCACAAAACAAUUUAAGUUUUUAAAAACCGCUGGACAUGUACCUGCCAGAGAGAUUACAAUUAUUGGGAAAAAAAGAUGAAAAAAAAAAGCCUUGUCACGAUAUGGGAGAGAACUGCCAACAAGUACUGCUGAUUGGGGCCUAUUUUAUUCAGUGCUGGUGUGUUGUUGUGCUUGUACAUAUAUGUCUUUUCAAUCAUCCCUUUUUUCCUCUCGGGGGUGGGGUAUAAAGGCUGGGGGUGGGUCUUAUUCAUGAAAGACAGGAGCGAAAAGAAUAGAGUAUUUUGUUAUUGUCCAAUCAGAGGGUGACAGUAUGUAUAUAUCUAUAUUGUAUAUAUGUGAUGAAAAUGCGUUGGCUUUUUGUGUGACACUACCUUUUACCUGUACUAUGGUUCUACAUUCAGUGUUUCAGUGUUGAUAAUAUAUAUUUGGUUUGUGUUUUAUUUUUCUGUUUUGUUUGAUUUUGUCUCUGUCAUUUCUUGUAUUUUUUUCUCCUAUUUGUCCUAUUUUUGUUUAUUGCACGGUUUAUUACUUUUGUUGUCCAAUGAGAUGACACAGCUACUCUCUGUAUUUGUUAAGUGCUGUAAAAUAACUCAAGUGUUAUUAGAAUUGUCGAUACCACCGCCCACCCCACCCCCUUCCCCAAUAUGCAUGAAUGGCACUUAAAGAAAUAAAAUAUGGUAACUUCA